UAUUCAAGAGAUGAGUCUGGGGGAGUACAGGGAUGAGCGCCCAACUCCUGGAGAGGCAGCCAGGAAUGUGUUGGCUAAGGCGUUGUAUGACAAUGUGGCAGAAUCACCGGAUGAGCUGUCGUUCCGCAAGGGAGACAUUAUGACUGUGUUGGAGCGUGACACACAGGGACUGGAUGGCUGGUGGCUCUGCUCCCUCCACGGUCGCCAAGGCAUUGUCCCCGGCAACCGCCUGAAGAUUCUGGUCGGCAUGUAUGACAGCAAGCACCAGCAUCAGUCCAUGCCAUUCACGCCAGAUCCAGCCGUUGCCUGUUCCACCACCCUGGCGCAGCGACCUCUCGCCCCUCAGAGUGCUUACACCCAACCAACUCUUGCUCCAUCUUCUGCCAUUGCUACAUCUUCUGGGUUUGCCAACAAGCCCCUUCCCUCAGCUCAGUAUACGUCCAUGCACCCAAACUACUCCAUCCCCAGUCCUUCACAGCCCAACCUUGACUCUGUCUAUAUGAUGCCCCCCUCACACAGCCCAAAAUCAUCCCCAAGUUCCCAUGGUCUUUACCAGGUCCCCUCUGGCCCAGGUGGACCCACUCCACUGGCUGUGCCAGGACCCCCCAGCAAGGCACCAGCUUUAGCGCAGAGACACUACCAGCUGCCUGCAAAGGACAUCUACCAGGUGCCCCCUUCUGUUGGCCCAGGGCCAGGCCAGGGAGCAGCCCUGACUGGUGGUACAGGAGCUGGGCAGGAUGUGUACCAGGUGCCAUCAUCCUGGGAGAGCAGCAACAAGCCACUUGGGAAGGUGGUAGUUCCUACUCGGGUUGGACAGGUGUAUGUAUAUGACACUGUGAAAUCAGACCAGGACGAGUAUGAUGUCCCACCCAGACAUUCGCCUUCCAUACAGCAGGACAUAUAUGAUGUUCCACCCACCCGCCAGCAUUCCAACACACAGGUGUAUGACACUCCUCCCAUGGUGGUUAUGGGGACCUCUGGUGGUCAUGGAAUAUAUGACACCCCAGCAAGUACAGAAAAGAACACACAGCAGACA